AUGGCCAGCAACUCUUCCAACAAGCCUGCUAUCCAAGGCAUCUCUUACUCGUGUCCGCUUCUUCGCGGGAUCGCCGGUCACUGGGGACAUGAUUCCAAGGAAUGGUUCCCGAAGGACGCUGUUCCGGCCCAUGGCAAGGUCGAUAAGCUGUCGGCGGACUACAAGAACGCCCUUCUCAAGCUCGCCGAAGCCGCCGGUGCCAAGGACCGUGCCGUCGCUGUCGGCCUGGUCGCUCAGGCUAUCAAGGAGCGUAAGGAGUCCAGCUGGAACCGUUUCGCCGGCGUCGAGGACAUCAAGUCGGCUCUCGCCCGCUAUGAGACCGUUCGCGCGACCACCGCCGGUCUCAAGCCGACCUUCGUUUCCACUGUGACGGUCCAGACCAAGCACCAUGACAUCUCUGUCCCCCAUGGCGUCCGCCGCGCCCGGUCCCAGUCGAGCGAUUCCCCCGACGCGCGCGCUCCCCAGUGCCGCCGCCUGGAGCAGCCCAAGACGGCCGACACCAUCGAGAGCCUCACUGCCAACAUUGACAGGCUCAAGCUGGAGGUCACCCAGCUCAAGGCCGAGCGCAACAACUUCAAGCUCCAGACCUUAGACAUCUCCAGCAAGGACGAGACCAUCAAGGGCCAGAGCAAGAUCAUCAAGGACCAGGACAAGACGAUCAUGACCCUCGACGGCGAGCGCACCCAGUUUCAGACUGAGAACACCCAGCUCCAGACCGAGAACAGCGAGCUUGGUGAGCUCGCCAUCACCUUCUGCAAGGCGUGGCUGGCCUCUCUCGUUAACAACAAGCACUCGUCGUCCGCCGCGAUGAACAUCAACAACUACAAGCAGUCGCCGAUCGCCACCACCGACAUCAACAAGGCCAUGCGCACCUCGAUUGACGAACUCCAGCACAAGCUCAGUCUACACGACGUCAUCCCCAAGGUUGGCGCUGCCCGCGACAGCAUCAAUCACCUGGUCGCGACGCUGGAUGGUUACAAGGCCGAUGGCCUCUGGUACCACCAGCGCUACGCUGAGAAGGACCAAGUCGACUUUGAGGCUGCCCCAGAGGAUGUCGAGGAGGACGAGCUCGAGGUGGAAGGAUACGGCUCUGAGCCUGAUGAUGACGACGAUGAGGAGAUGGACAUGGAUGAUGGUGGCGUUAGCGUUGGCUACUUCCCGUUCGACCUGUUCAAGGAUGACCUUGAGGAGGAGAACAUGGAGGAGAUGGAGGAGUAG